AUGGAGAAUGGGUUGUUUGAGGUGCCUGGCGAUGGCCACGAGAUGCUGUGCUUUGAUUUGGCUUGGGUUGCCAUCGAGGAUGCCCGAGGGCAAAGAUCCCUGGCUCACUCGGCAGGUGUGGAGAUGCCCGGCGUAGCAGUAUCGGCUGCCAAAGCGAGCUGCUUCUCCAAAACCGCCGGAAGCGAGGUUGCAAGAGUCGCAAAUCAGUCGCCUUCGAGUGACCCCGUGGACCCUCAGGAUCCACACACCUACCUCACCAACGGCCUCUGCUCGCGGGAGGAGCUGCUUCUGAGUGCCUUGCGAAUAGCGCUGGGGCAGAUGAAGUGUAAAUCGACAGCCUCUGGAGGCGGCGGCAUGUAG